CCCGUGUUCACAGUCCGCUGAGGGUCCCACGCGGUCAACAUGGGUCGGUGGACGCUGCACGUUCUGUUCCUCGUGUUCCUCUGUGGCUCCGAUGGUCAGAUUGACCGCAGAAGGCUUGGAUUUUCCCCAAUAGGAAAGUACUGGGAGAUGCACGACCGACAAAGACCAAGGUCCACGGUUAGUUCUUCCCCGAGGUUCACUCUACUGGCUCCAGACCUGCUGAGGACGGACAGCCAGGAGAACAUCUACCUCCAGGCAGACGGGUUGUCCAUCCCCGUCUCCGUCUCCAUCACCGCCCUGGACUUCAAUAGUAGAGCCAUGCUCCUGCUGGACUCCGUCACACUCAACGCAGACAACGGAUUCCAUGCUCUCAAGGCGAUACAGCUUCCCUCGGAUGGUUUCAAUCCCCAAGAGAAAGAGAACAAGUUUGUGUAUCUGAAGGUGGACUUCGGCAGGUUCCACUCGGAGGAGAGGGUACUAAUGGUGUCCUUUCACUCCGGGUACAUCUUCAUCCAGACGGACAAACCCAUCUACAACCCCGGGGACACAGUUCGAUUCAGAGCUUUCGCGUCCUCUUUGUCCUUCAAGGCCUUCGACAGCUCCGUCAGCGUAGAUAUUAAGAACCCGGACGGAGUGGCGGUCCAACAGUUCUCCAGGGUCCGACCAGAGGACGGCGUCUUUGGCAACACUUUUCCUCUCUCUCAAAUGGUCAAUGAAGGAAAAUGGACGGUGACCGCAACGUUUGACCAGCGGCAGCAGAACACGUUCACCUCCGAGUUCGAGGUGAAGAAGUACGUCCUUCCUGCCUUCAACGUCACCCUGACGCCCAAGAAGACCUUCCUCAACCUGGAGGACAGCGAGCUGCAGGUGGAGAUCUCGGCCAGGUACCUGUACGGGGAGCCGGUUCAGGGGACGGCCUACGUGGUGUUUGGGGUGAAGAUCAACCAGGAGAUGAGAAGGUUGCCUUCAGUGAAGCAGCUUUCAAAUCUGGACGGAGGAGUCGUCAGUCUGAGCAUGGAGGAGCUCAAGAGAGCUUACCCCAACGUCAAGUCUCUGGUGGGCAACUCUGUGUAUGUGAAGGCCUCGGUGCUCACCCAGUCAGGCAGCGACCUGGUCGAAGCAGAGAAGACGGGCAUUAAGAUCGUGGAGUCUCCGUAUGUCCUGUCCUUCAAAGACAUACCCAAGUUCUUCAAGCCGGGCCUGCCCUUGGACUUCACAAUCCAGGUGAACCACCAUGACGGCUCCCCGGCCCGGAACGUUCUGGUCCGGUUGGGGAUGCUGAAGGAGCCCGUGUUCGUCUCGUCCGGCAGCGCCAGAGUCAGCAUCGACAUGCCGGCUGGUGGAGGCCCUCAAACCAUCACGGCUGAGAGCGUGCAGGCUGACCUGAGACCAGAGCAGCAGGCCAGGCGACAGGUCACCGUCCAGCCGUACGCCGCCUUCGACCCGCGCCAACAGAACUACCUGUACGUCUCCACGGCGACCAACGCCGUGUCCCCAGGAGACCGGCUCGCCCUGAAGCUGACGGUCGCUCCCGCAAACCCGGCGCACAGAGCGUUCAUCACGCACAUCACGUACCUGGUGCUGAGUAAAGGCAGAAUCCUCGUUGGCGAGCGCGUGGACGUGACGGGUCAGCUGGUCACCAGCGUUGGGCUGAUGGUCACCACGGAGAUGAUGCCGUCGUUCCGCUUUGUGGCGUUCUACGUCAUUCCCUGGGAGGGGCGGGAAGAGGUGGUGUCGGACUCCAUCUGGGUGGAUGUGGCCGACUCCUGCGUUGGAGGGCUGAAAGUCGGGCCGGCGGACGGCGUUCGGCGAGACUACGCGCCCGGGAAGAACUUCCGGUUUCAGGUCCGAGGCGAUCCGGGAGCAAAGGUCAACCUGGUAGCCGUGGACAACGCCGUUUAUCUGCUCAACCGGGACCGACUUACACAGAGCAAGAUUUGGGGCACGGUGGAGCUCGGAGACAUCGGCUGCACUCGAGGGGGGGGCAGAGACGCCACAUCGGUGUUCUCAGACGCCGGACUGCUCUACGCCUCCAGCGCCGGGUUCAGAACCCAAACCAGACAAGUCCUGCAGUGUCCACGCAGCGCCAGAAGGAGGCGCUCUGCCGAACUCUUGCAGCGUAAAGCCCAGCUGGAGAACCAUUACAAGGAGCAGCUGCAGCGGCGCUGCUGCAGGGACGGCCUCAGGGAGAUCCCCAUGCGCUACUCCUGCACCAGGCGCUCCCUCUACAUCACCGAGGGCUGGGAGUGCAUGAGGGCCUUCCGCUACUGUUGCGCCACCUUCAGGGACCAGGAGUUUAACACGGAGAUUCCCACCACGCUGCCCCCCUGGACCACAGCGGCCCCCACCACCACCACCACCACCACCACCAGACCCUUUGUGGUGGCCCGUGGUUUUGCUCGAAUGGACAUGUCUACGCAUGACAGGAGGAUGCAGCUGUCGCACAGAGUAUUGGAAACAGAGCGUGUUGUAGCGAGAGCUCAAUCGCCCGUCCUGACUAAACUGACCAGACAACCUGCACCUGAGCUGCAGCUGACCCAUUCAACUGCAAAGAAAGUAGUAGAAAAGGAAGAAGAAGAAGUGGAGGAGGAGGAAGAGGAGGAGGAUGAGGAGUAUCUGGAUGAGACUCAAGUGUAUCUGCGAUACAAGUUUUUCGAGUCUUGGCUGUGGACGGACCUCAAGCUGCCCAACCGAGCUGAGGCUGACGGGUUGGCCCUCAAGGACCUGGAACUUCCUUUACCAGACAGCAUCACCGAGUGGGGAGUUCUGGCUAUCAGCGCAUCACCUCACACAGGCUUCUGUGUUGCGGAGCCGUACAACGUGAAAGCAUGGAAGCCUUUCUUCGUGGACCUGAAGCUUCCGUAUUCAGUGGCGAGGAACGAACAGGUGGAGAUUAAAGCGGUGGUGCAUAACUACGGCUACGAUGACGUGCACGUUCGGGUGGUGCUGAUGAAGACAGAAGGUAUUUGCAGCAUCGCCUUCAAGGACAAACACACGCAGGAAGUGACGCUGCCGGCCGGCUCUUCUGUCGCGGUGCCUUACACCAUCGUGCCGCUGGAGGUGGGGAAACUUCCUCUGGAGGUGAUGGUGGUGGCCAGAGACAUGAUGGGAUCAGACCGCAUCCAGAAGCACCUUCGGGUGGUGCUGGAUGGAGUGCAGAAGACCAAAGUUUGGACCACCGUGUUGAACCCGUCUGCUGAGGGAGGGACGCAAACUGUUCGUGUGGACAAGGUGGAACUGGAGUCCGUUGUGCCCAACUCUGUGCCGGAGACAAUAAUCAGUGUCAGAGGCAACGUGUUGGCAGACAGCAUCGAUAACUCCAUCAGCGAGGACUCCCUGGCCUCUCUGAUCCGGAUGCCCGGCGGCUGUGUGGAGCAGAACUUGGCGAGCAUCACUCUGCCCCUCAUCGCCUCCCUCUACCUGGAGCGGACCAACAACUGGGAGAGUGUGGGGGUGGAUCGCAAAGCCGAGGCUCUGCGCUACAUCAGGAGAGGAUACGAGAAUCAGCUGGCAUAUAGAAAGAGUGACGGCUCCUACCCCCCCUACAGGAGGGAAGGUGCAAGUACAUGGAUCACGGCUUACGUGGUGAAGGUCUUCUCCAUGGCUCACUCCACCCUCGGCAUCGACAAACAGCAGGUGUGCGACCCGCUCCUCUACCUGGUGAAUAACAAACAGCUGCCCAGCGGAAGCUUUGUGGAGAAAAACCCUGUUUACUCUACUACCAUGACGGGCGGUCUCCGUGGUAACGACCCAGAGACGACCCUGACAGCCUUCGUCCUCAUAGCGCUCUCUGAGGCCAAGCAGGCCGGGAUCCGAUGCACCGGUCCAAACGUAGAGAAGGUUAUCGGUCAGACGGCUGCGUACCUGGCGAGAGCGCUGGGCACGACGGGGAGGAGGCCGUACACCGUGGCCAUCGCCUCCUACGCGCUGGCUCUGCUGGGCAAAGCUCAGCCCUUCGACCCGACUCCAUCUUUACUCAGAGCUGCAGCUGCAGGUGGCAGCCACUGGCCCGACACACACAACACCUUCUUCACCUGGGAGGCGACCGGCUACGCUCUGCUGGCGCUGGUUAAGCUGGGCCGCUUGGACCAGGCCGCUGCGCCCUUUAAAUGGCUGAACAGCCAGCGGAGGAGGGGGGGCUCUUUCGGCUCCACUCAGUCCACCAUGGUGGUGCUCCAGGCGCUCUCAGAGUAUCUGAUAAACAAGCCUCCUCCUGGUGACCUCAGUCUGGAUGUGGACGUCAGGUUGACGGGACGCAAGGAAAUCCGUUACCAUUUUAACCCCCAGACGGCCUACGCCGCUCGCUCCUCCAGGUUGCCGGAUAAUCUUGAUUUGGAAGUCGAGGCUCGGGGGAACGGAGAGGGAAUUCUGGAGGUUGUGACCUAUUACAACCAGCUGCAUGAGGUGGACGAUAAGAUGUCCUGCAAGGACUUUGAGCUCGUCGUCACUAUUGAAGAAUCCAGCGAAAAGCCUCCAGCUGAUGUAGAGAAAUCCUACCAGAUGAGCAUCAGCGUGAGGGCUUUGGGACCCACAGAUGUCCGGAUGGUGGUCCUCGACAUCAGCCUGCCGACCGGCUUCAGCCCAGAGACCUCCGACCUGGAGAAGCUUUCAAACUCAGUGGACCGUUACAUCAACUACUUCCAGGUGGUCGAUAACCUGAGUGACCGAGGCUCUCUGAUCCUCCACCUGUUCAAGGUGUCUCACAAAGAGCCAGAGGUCCUGAUCUUCAGGCUGCAGCAGAGCUUCAGAGUGGGCCUUCUGCAGCCGUCCUCGGUCACCGUCUACGAGUAUUACAACCCAGAUCACCGCUGCAGUCACACCUACACCCCCAGGGAGGACCGAGAGGAGCUCUCUCAGAUCUGCAGGAACAACGGCUGCCGCUGCGCGCAGGGCGACUGCUGCGUCUCCAGGAGCGACAGUGAAAACGUGCCCCCCCAACAAAGAGAGACGUUUGCCUGCAAGACUUUGCACCACGUUUUCAAGGUGAAGGUGCUGAACGUCAGCCAGAGUUACUACGACAAAUACGAGGUGGAGAUCACACAAGUGAUCAAACUGGGCAUAGAGGCAGGAGUUGAAGUGGGUCAGAGGAGGCUUUUCAUGUCUCAUGGAGGCUGCAGAGACGGACUGGUCCUCAACCAGGGCUCCCAGUACCUCAUCAUCGGGCCCACAGAGGACCAGUGGAACGCUGACGCUGACACCGGCAGAUCCGUCUACGUGUUGGGGAAGGACACCUGGGUGGAGCGCUGGCCGUCGCCCACAGAGUGCUCCAGCAGUGACGGCCUGCGAGAUAAAUGCCGGAGCCUGAAGGACGCGGCGACUGAGCUGUCCGUCAACGGCUGCCGGCUGUAGAGCCUCCUCAGUUCUCUCUUUGCAGAAGGGUUCACAACACAAAGAGAGUCAAGCUGUCCAGAUGCCUUUGAGCCACAUGUUACAUCGACAUGACCUGUGAAGGUCAACCAGCAUUUGAUCCAUCUACUGGGUGCUAAAACAACCAUUCAUCCAUUUGGCCAAAGUGAAUGAAUGAAUAAAUGAACUCAAUGUGUCUAUU